GCAACUCCACUCUGUCCGUCUCAUCCAGUCUGAUCUGGAUACAGCUUGUGGAUUAAAAACUACCUCCGACUAUUGGUCGUGACGUCACAACAUCCCGUUUAGCCCAGGGGUUGAUGCAGACAGGCGCGCGCUCCGACUCGCACUUCGUCUUCAGCAGUCCAGGCGUUAAAUUAGUUUGUCUGUUAGUUCACUGGUGGCAGAAACUAAAAGAAAGACACGUGUCUCAUAGACGUUUCCAGCGCCAAGUAGUUUUUUUACGCCUUAUUAUUCAAGGACACGUCAGAGCAGCAGGUGCACAUCUGGAAAAGUAAAGUAGACUGUGCUUCCAUUACACUGAACCAUGGCGAACUCAGGAGUGCAGCUGCUCGGCUUUUCCCUGUCUCUGGUGGGCGUCAUGGGGCUCAUCAUUGGCACGGUGCUGCCGCAGUGGAAAAUGUCAGCCCAUGUGGGAGACAGCAUCAUCACGGCUGUGGCUACUUACCAGGGCCUGUGGAUGUCCUGCGCUUUCCAGAGCACUGGUCAACUCCAGUGCAAAAUCUACGACUCCGUCCUGCAGCUGGACAGUUCUCUCCAGGCAACCCGCGCACUAAUGAUUGUUGGCAUCAUCGUGUCGAUUGCUGGACUGGGAGUCGCCUGCGUAGGUAUGAAGUGUACCACAUGUGGAGAAGACAACAAAGUGCGUAAAGCCCGCACUGCUAUGACAGGCGGCAUCAUACUGCUCAUAGGGGCUCUCAGUGCCAUUGUUGCAUGCUCUUGGUUCGCCCACAACGUGAUCCGUGCUUUCUACAACCCCUACACUCCGGUCAACACCAAGUUUGAGUUUGGCGCAGCCAUUUUCAUUGCAUGGGCCGGAUCUUUUCUCGAUGUUCUUGGCGGAGCUUUAUUGGUGGCCUCUUGCCCUCGAAGCAAACAGGUGUCCAAGUACCCUAAAAACUCUGCUCGCACUUCCAGCAGCACCAAGGAGUACGUGUGAUUGCUUACACAUGACCAGACAGGAACUAUAUAUGAUAAAGGAUCCCUGUAAAAGGAAAACGGGACUGAGCCUGAUGGAUUGAACUGAUGUAGGUGGAAAACAUGGUUAAUCCAUAGAGUGAGAACGGCAGAAGGUGCUGAUUAUAAUAUGCCAUCUUCAGCAUUAUAAUAUCUUACAAUUAUUGAAAAACAAGAGUUUUUACGUUUUAUAAUGACCCAUGGUGCAAAGGAACAGUCAAGUAUUACUAGCUCUUUGAGUUUGUUAUAAUAGAAAACUGUAGGCUUCUAGUACUCUAUCUGAAUCCAGUCACACGUCUUUUCAAAGAUUAGUGUUGAAUGUGUAUGACGGAGAGUUACUAUCAACCCCACUAGAGGGCAUUAAAGACCCUUCAGUUGCAUAAAGUACACAACUGCCUAGAAAACUGAAUAACCAGGACCUAAACCUUUCACUGUCUAACAGGAAAAGCGGUGUAUUCCCUCUGGGCAUCCUAGAAGUUUGAUUUAACCCUCAAAGUCAACAUUUGUUUAAAACAAAAAGUUUGCUAAUACGCAGGGCCACAUACAUAUCCCAGUACACUCCAGAAUACACUUUGCAUGAACAGCAUUCAAAAGUUACACACAUGCUGUUUUGCUGUUUCUUUUGGACUGACUUUAGGUAUUUCAGCUAUAUUUGUCAGUGUAGAUUUAGUAAUAGAGAAAUGAAUGUAUUUAGUGGUGCUUUUUCUAAUGCUGCAGCAUGCAGCCUCGAUGGCUGUCAUUUUUACAGUAUUAAUUGCUUAAUCUCUUGGAAGACAAAAGAUUCCUCUCUUGAAAGACUCAGAUUGUGUCUCAAUUCAAACUCCAUUUUAAUAUGUAGUGAAUUACUUACCAUUGGCACCUAUAAACCUUGAUAAAAACAAACUACAAGAAUGGUGUUGAGUAAAUACACAAAAAAAAACCACACAGAUCUUAGCAAAUAUAUCAUGGCUAACAAAUGACUGACAAAAUAGUAUACAUACAAACAUAAAAAUAGUGAUACAAGAUCUAGUGGUGUCUUGUCUAUUUAUAUGUGUAUUUGGCCUCCAUCUGGAAUUUUUUUUGUUGUUGUUGCUGUCAGUUGGUUUGAUUUAUGAUACACUAGCUGGGUUGUAGCACAUGUAUGUUCCAUAAUGUCUGAGUUUCAUUGUACAAUGUUGUUAGUGGUUCACAAUUCCAGUUCUGGGAACCUUAUACUAUGCACAUUUUUGUCAUUUUUCUACUUUAACACACGUGAAGCUGCUCAUAAAGGGCUUGAAUCAGGUGUGUUAGAGCACGGACAGCACAAAAACACACCAAACAUGGGGUCCCCAUGACUGCAAUAAGGAAAAAAACACUGAUUUAGAUUAAAUCUAGUGGCUGAAUCUGUGUUAGAUCAGAAUAAAGAACCGGUUUCAGAUACACUCUCUGCUUUAUCCAUCACUCACACUAAGAUACUAUCUUUUAACACUGAACCCACCUCAAACCUGGGCUCUGGAUCUCUCGCACAGUGAAGUGAAUAUAUCGAGCACUUGGAUCUAUAAGCUGUUCCUGCACUGUUACGUUUUCGUUAGAUAAGCUGAAUGUUAAUACAGUGCUGUUUUGAUACACAAGUAAAUGUGAUAAAGCUGCUUUUUUUGCCUCUUUAUCAGUGGUCUAAUGUAUAAAUCAACAGAAAAUUUUACAGUUGUGAGAACUAAAAGUGUUUACCGUACAGGUUCACAUCCCAUUCAGCUCUAGUCCACUCAAAAAAAAAAAAAAAAACACUUUAAUACAACCAAUGAUGAGAAUAAUUCUCUGAAAUGUUAGCGACAUAUAUCAGUGAGUCAGUGUGUAUUUUAGUCUUCCACCAAUUUAUGUACUUUUACAAUAACCAUAUAAAGUGGAUCUAUAUAAUCAAGUGCUUUCCUGUUUAUCAUACUGCAGUAUAGUGUAGCCUCCACAAGUGAGGUUACGUCUCUCUGUGUUCAGUGAUUUUUGUGCUAUGUUUCUUUUUUUUUUCUUGCUAAAAUGACAAAUGCAAAAUAAAAUGUCCCAAUGCAAAAUAAAUACAAAAUUAAAUUUCUAUUAUUUAUAA